AUGCUCCAAGAAACCAGCAGACCCCCGGUGGAAAUGAUUUGCCCGUUGACCAAUGAACUCAUGAUGCAGCCCGUGGUGCAUCGGACGUACGGAUACAGUUGUGAGGAGUCAGCCAUCAUGGGUUGGCUGGAAAGUGGACAAACUCUGUGCCCGUUGACAGGUCAGCCCCUGGAAAUAUCCGAUUUUGUUCCUCAUCGAGCCCUGCAAGACCACAUUGUGAACUGGCACCAAGCCGCGCUUGUAGCGGAGAAAGAAGCACAACAAGCAGAAGAAAAGUCUCUGAUGAAUGACGUGAAGGAAUCAGCUACGCAAGACGAUUGGAAAGGCAACCGAUCUGGCAACGAUGGAUCCGAUCCAGUAGUCCUUGCUUUGGUUCCAAGGAGCCCACCAUCCCGCCGACUUGUCACAAGUGCGCUUGUGGCCUAG